UCGCUGCCUGCCUUCCCUUCCCCUCCGCUGCCGCCCCUUCCCGCGGAAUAGACUAGGCAGCGGCCCCCGCCCGCCCGCCCGCUCCUGUUAAACGGGCGCACGCCGCGUGCGCGCACCCGAUCCGCUAGCCCCGCGCCCGGACGCGCCCCGAUGCGCCUCCGCCGGCCGGAAGAACCCUAGCCCUAGGCCUAGCCAGGAGGGGGGGCGCUCCCGUCCCGAUGGCGGGGCGGCCGGGGUACCUCACCCUGCCGAUCUUCUCGGCGCUCGCGGCGAUCGGGUACGUCUACUACACCGCGGUGUUCCUGGCCGUGCCGCGGUGGCUGGGGCUGGCCACGGCGGCCGGGGUCGCCAACGCCGCCGCGUUCACGGCGCUCGCCGCCGCCUGCCUCGCCACCUACGCCGUCGCCGUGCGCAGGGACCCGGGCCGCGUGCCGCCGGGCUUCGUGCCCGACGUCGAGGACGCUGAGAGCACCGUCCACGAGAUCAAGCGCAAGGGUGGUGACUUGAGAUAUUGCCAGAAAUGCUGCCACUAUAAACCUCCACGGGCACACCAUUGCCGUGUUUGCAAGAGAUGUGUUCUAAAAAUGGACCAUCAUUGCAUUUGGAUUAAUAACUGUGUUGGGCACGAGAACUACAAGAUCUUCUUGGUCUUUGUACUGUAUGCUGUAGUUGCAAGUUUUUAUGCAUUGAUUCUGAUUAUAGGGAGCGUUCUGCACAGUGUUCCUAAAGAUGAACAGUCAGGCAGUGAUUCUUCUCGAUCAUCCAUUAUUAUUUGUGGGGUCAUUCUUUCUCCAUUAGCAUUGGCGUUGGCAGUGCUCUUGGGUUGGCAUAUUUACCUCAUAUUACAGAAUAAAACUACAAUUGAGUACCAUGAAGGGGUUAGAGCGAUGUGGUUGGCAGAAAAGGGUGGAGAUCUCUAUCAUCAUCCAUAUGACCUUGGUGUCUAUGAGAAUCUUAUUUCAGUUCUGGGGUCUAACAUAUUCUGCUGGCUUUGCCCUGUAUCGAAUACUGUAGGAAAUGGCCUUCGAUACCGUACAUCUUAUGAUAUUCCAAUAUCUACACAGCCAUUGUGAUAAAAAGAUAGCAGUACAUUCACAAUAGGUAGUUGCUAAUUUGUGAAAUGGUUUCCUGUUCAGCUGCUAGGACGAGCUUGUUCUGAACCAUUCUGAAUUGGGGCGCUGCAAGAUACAGUUUACCGCAAGCUUUCUCCAGGUGUCUAUCCUGAGUUGGACAUGAAUAUGUUAACCAAGAUUCUUCUUUCAUUCUUCACAUAUUUGAUGAGAAAAUUCAUUGUACCUUGUUUGUAAUCUGGAGUAGCUGUGCUUACAAGAAACUGAGUAAAGGCAAUUCUGUUGUAACAUUAAUGUUCAUGUUUUUGAGAGCCAUGUAAUGAUGUAAUGUAGCCAAAGGUCGUGAAAAACAAUUUUCCCAGAUUGUGUACAUUUGUUCAGGAUAUGACAUCUGGUGUACUUUGCGCUUGAUCUAUGUA